GACCCGGAAGCACCGAGCUGCCUGCUUUGUUUUGUUUUGGUAGUAGGAGUUGGAUAAGAGGUGGACAGGCAGAGGUCCGUGCGGGAGAGAACCGCUCACUAAAUGGGGAGAGCCGCAUCGGGGAUGGAAGAUGACGGACCGAUAGCUGACGCCUGUACAAUGCCGACUUUUAUCAGCAGUUACGACGACGGGAAGGUGAAAUUGUCCCGCAACCUGCCGACAGAAACUUCCUUCACGGACAGCAAAGUUGAGCGGUCGGUCAGAGAUUUGAGCCGCCGUGUCACCCGAUCCAACUCCCGGUCAUCCCUGGACGGAGGUGAGAGGGAGCCGGAGGAGAGGAGCAGCGAGGAGGAGAAGGAUGCGAAGGGCAACAACAACAACAACUGCAACGGCGGCGGCGGAGGAGGAGGAGGAGGUGGAGGAGGAGAGAGGAGGAGGGCGAGUGCUGUUGAGAUUUUGAGGAGGAAUUUCGGGGUCUCAAAAUCUCCCUCUCUUCGUCUAAAUACAAACAGUCGGAUGCAGUGCGGCGCCGAGCAUGAACCCCGCGAAGGAACCGUUAAUAGCGACGUUACAAACGGUUAUGGGAGUGAAUGUGGCGACUGCUCAAAGUCGGACCGUGAAACGGGCGACGCGGGGAGCGAAAACGAGCCGACCUUGAGCGACUUGACGACUUCGGACGUACAAGGAGUUGAAUCUGUAACCAUUACAGGUCAGUGCCGCCACACAGGUGACACUUUAAACGAGUCCUUUAACACUAAAGAACACGUCUACUGCACGGUGUACUGCAUCGCUAACGACAGUCACCGGAAAGACGUUGAAAUCACUGACGAUGAAACGGUCACGUCUGACGCGCCAAACAUGGAAUUGGAGACAGGACGGGAGGCGGGUUCGAGUCCCGAACCGGCACCGUACACACUGGAGGACCUGGUGGAUCCUUUCGGGGAUAUGGUGGCCCACCGGCUGUCCAUUACACAGGCCGGUGCAGAGACAACGAUGCAGAGUUGCCGGGUGUGCCUGGAAGGGAAAUCCAUCGCACCCCUGCCCUGCUGCAGGAAGGCCGUGUGUGAUGAGUGUCUGAAACUCUACGUCAGCUCCCAGGUGAGAGUGGCCAAAUCUUACAUCAGCUGUCCGAUCCCAGAGUGCAGUGGCUACCUGGAGGAGGGGGUGGUCAUUUCCCAUUUAGCCAAUGAAGAUGUGGCAAAAUACCGUUACUUUUUGGAGCUGAGUCAGCUGGACUCGAGCACCAAACCCUGCCCCCAGUGCAGUCAGUUCACCUCUCUGAAGGAGCACAACCCCAACCGCUCCGAGCAGAAAUACAAGAUCCAGUGUAGCAAUUGCCAGUUUGUGUGGUGCUUUAAAUGCCACGCUCCCUGGCAUAAUGGGCUCAAAUGUCGCGACUACAGGAGAGGAGACAAGCUGCUACGAACCUGGGCUAGUGUCAUAGAGCACGGACAAAGAAAUGCACAGAAAUGCCCACAGUGCAAGAUCCAUAUCCAGCGUACAGAGGGAUGUGACCAUAUGACUUGUACGCAGUGUAACACUAACUUCUGUUACCGCUGUGGAGAACGUUACCGACACCUACGGUUCUUUGGGGACCAUACAUCCAACCUCAGCGUGUUUGGAUGCAAGUAUCGCUAUCUACCAGAUAAACCUCAUCUGAGACGGCUAAUUAGAGGGUCGGUCUGUGCCACUAAGGUGCUGAUAGCUCCAGUGGUCAUUUUGCUGGUCGUGGUUCUUGGAGCUCUCGCACUGGUGAUAGGUUUGGUAGUUUUCCCGGUCUACUAUGUGUGUAAGAGGAGGAAGAAGCAGCGCACGCAGGGCUCUGGACGAUGGAUCUGAAACCUGCCCUGCACUUCAUCUAGACCACGCACACACAGCUUGAAAGACGACGCCCACAUCUCCUCAGGGACGAACACGCCAGCCUGAGUCAUCACAAAAGUCUGAGAGGAACAUCGCAAAAUUAACCGUGGUAAUUAGGGAAGUACAUAAACCAAUAGAGUGAUGCCUGGAUAAUACACACAUCACCAUGUCGAGAAUAUUUGUAUCUCACGGGACCACUGCUGCAAAAGGAAUGAAAAAAAAAAAAAAACGCAAAUUUAAGUUGACUUCUGGAGGGACCACUGUUAUGUAAAGUGUUUGAAUCCCUUAAAUCUCAACUAGAUUUCGCAGCUGUUUUAAGCAGAGAAACUUACUUGCCAGCCGACUCUUGUCCUGUGACACAUUGCAGGAAGUUUCAGCAGUGUAUAUUUGCAGCUUUUCACUCCUCAGUCACACAUUUAACGCCCACUAUCUUUCAGGAGAACAAACACAGGUAAUAGACAGAUGCAGUUUUGUUUACACCUGCAGUUGUGAGAAUGUGUUAAUUGGAGCCUGUUAGUCGGAUAUGAUGACAGACUGUUGUGGAGGGAAGGUUUUGAAUGUUUGACAGUGUUGGAUGCCGGAAAUUAUGAACACUGAUUGCUGGAAAGAGCGUGAAGAGGACAGGAGGAGCUCACAGAUUAAUAACAGAGAAAUGUGAGGAGGUAAUAUCUUCCUUAUUGAACUUUUGUAAAAGCUUCUUCAGUCCUUCAGACCUUUUGUGCUGCAGUUGGCAAGAGAAAAAGUGCAAGAUGGAAGAGGAAUUUGGAACAAGCCAUGAUGGAAAAAUGAGUUCUCACAGAUGCAACAAAGCUGGACAUUACAUUUGUUCAUCUUCCUCUGCUGGAAACUCAGUUUUCAUUGGAUAUUGUAAAUCCCCCUAGGGAUUUGAGUGUUUGACAAGCACAAACUGUUCAACAUAAUGUGAGAGGACUAAACUUGGAGGGAUGGAAUGAACUAUUCUUGGCUAACCUGUUAAACCUUUACUCUGCCUGAUGAAGUUUUUGCUAGAAAGUUUGAAAGUCGUCCCAAGAGUGACACCUAGUUUUAAAGGCCACACCCAACAUAGCUUCAAAAAGGGGUCCUGCAGACACACAUUCAGUCCACUGACCCCUCAAUGAAAUAGUGAAAAGCCGAAUUUUAGCUCCAUUGAUUUUUGUGGCGGUUUUAAGUCGAUUCAUCUUUCUAGGUGUCCCUGUCUUCCCUGCUUUCCUUUGGUCCCUCCUCUCUGCUGGCCCGGCUGGAUGGGUGGUGGCUCACACACCCUCCCCACCUGGCAGAUCGUCUCUGCUGUGCCCACAUACUGUAUGCCAGUAUCUGCAUCAUCAAAAAAAAGAGAAAAAGAAAAAAGAAAGCUGCUGUGCGGCAAAUUGUGCCAAAACAAAUCGCUGAAUGUGGCAGGACAGACUCUGUCCCUUUGUUAGAUUUUUUUGUUAGUUGUUAGGGGGCUGCCUGUUGCAGAGGUUUGGGUGGUGAUGCUGCUAGUGUGUAGUGGAGUCUGCGGAAAGAAGUGGACUGUCAGAUUACAUAAGUUGUAGGAAGUGAACUUCCCAGAAGAAAGGACUGAACAUACUAUUGCAAAUGGUAGAUAAACAAAAGUAUUUAAGAGUUUAGUUUUCGUUUUCAUGUAGUCUGGGUGAUGGUUUGCUCAAGAGCUAAACUGGGUGUUUUUAAAGAAAUGAGUUCAUCGUGUUGCUGUGCACUGAAUAUGCGGAAGAUUAAAUAUGGUUGUUAAUAUUGGGGUAAUCAGGUUUUCAAGGGUUUUAAGAAUCGAGAAUUUGGUUUUGUGUCUGAGUUUUGCAGUGAUGAGAGGAUGCCCGUCUGCUUCGGAGUUUGGAAAGUGACAUAGCGGUUUUUAACGUUGCAUACACCCUCUUAGCUCAUUCACACUGGCACAUACUGCAAGAAAGCACACGCAUGGAGCGCUGCCAGGAAACAGGAGAUUUGCAAGAGCUUUAAAGGUCGUCACCUGGCAGCAGCCAGCUUGCUGUCCUUCAGUUAUCCCUCUAUCCUCUCCUCCCCGCUGUGAUUCCUUAGUUUUUAAAAUGGGCGCACAUCCACUGGUGCUUUUUCAGCCACAAAAAAAUCAUCCCACAAACUUGAUGCUUUUGAGCCUCUGAUAUGUGAAAAUAACACAGCUACCUGUGGUGCACGCUGCGGUCAAGUACAAAUGGUUUCCACAUCAGUCCCUGAUUUUCUUUUAUGUGUGUGUCUUUUUAUCUCACCACUUUAUGGAGCGAUCUGUUUUUUGUUUUGUUUUUAUCAUAUUAUGAACACGUUUUAAUGGAGAGACUCAAGGAAAAAAGACAAGAAGGAGCACAAUAUAUCUGCACAUAAUGCUACAAUGAGAAAAGAGAUGAUGAAAUGAGGAAAAGUUGAGGUGAAAUAAACACUCAGUUAAGAUAAUAAGUGGUAACCAGUGGAUUACAUCCUGAGUGUUACUGCACACUUCAGCACUCAAACCUGGACUUAAGACAUGAAGGAAAAGCUGGGGGUUGAUGUUCAUGCAUGUUGGACCUUUUGCGGUGCAUUGCCAUGAGCUUGGCUUUUGUCCCAGGGAUCUGAAACAUUUUCUACAUCUGGGAGUUAAUAAAUACCAACUGUUCCUAAAAGGGCACAGAAAACAUAUUGUUACACACUGCUUUCAGAAGGUCCUGACUCUGGGUUUGAAUACACUCUCAGGGAGUUUGUUUUCUGUUCACUGUACCAGAGCCCUCCAUCCACAGUACCCCAGCUGUGCCACAGAAACUUCUCAUCAGCACCGUCGAAAGUCUAAAUGCUUCCUGAUGCUUUCGCCCAGAGCUGCUUACCGACCAUAUCUAAUUCCAGAAAGUAAAAACACUGUAGUGUCAAAAGAGAUCCAAACAUCUCAGCGAUUCAAACACUGUCUGUGCUUCCCAGCCUGACUCAGCUGUGCUGUAAAUGCUGCGUGGGGGUCAGGGGUCGAAUCUGGGACUCAAAAGUGGAACAAGAAAAUAUGUAUCAGUAAUACAGCACUGGGAAAACUAAAUGUGUAAGUUACGCGCCAAAAAAAACCUAUCUACUUAAUAAUUGUUCAUCAUAUGCAUACAUGUUUUAUCUAACUGCUCAGCUAGUACUACACUGACAUGUUCAAAUGCUGAAUUUUAUUAUUUGUUUGAAUGACAUAAGGACUGACAUGUACUUAAUUUGUCUGUAGCACAGGAAUCAGAGUGAAAUAAGUUGAAUUAACCUGCGGCUGUUUUACAUUUUAUACAAUAUUGAUGGCAUUUUAUCAAAAUUGUUGCACAGUUUACCACCGCUGAAACCAUUAGUCCAUUGAUUAGCUCAUUGCCAGAAAAUUAAUAAAUGGCAUCUGUAAUAAUUGACUAAAUCAUUUACAUCAUUCAGCAAGUAAGCAGCUUCUCAGGAGCAUGGGUUACAGUCUGAUUUAUUUGGCAGUUUUGCUGUCAGAGUAAUUGCAGUUCUGAAUUUGUUCUACCUGGUCGGCGACAGAACAAAUGUAAAUGUUUUCUAAUAGGAUGGUCUUUGUCCUGGUCAGCCCCUCAUGUCUAAUAUCUGUGCAAGUGUGUUUAUUCAGAAUUCUGCUGAUUCAAUGUUAAGAUGUUAAGAUGCCAUGUGGAAAUGCCAUCAUUGCUUUGUUUUGUUGUAUUGUUAUAUUUCUGACUUGAUCACUGACAUUUAUCCAAACACUAAGCAACUAUUUGGGUAAAGCUUAACAUGCAAAAAAAAAAAAGUUGCUCCAUAUCAAUUCAUUCAGUGACAUGAGAGUUAUUUGGCCAAUGAUUUUCCGUUGCUGGGGUGUAUCGGCUGGCUGAUACCCCCCGGCCUUUUUUUAUUUGUGUUUAAAUCCCAGUGAUAUCGGCAUAAAUAUGCAAUAGUGCCUUCACACCCAUUAUAGAUCAGGGUUUGCCAAUCUGUGGUUUCGGGGGCCCCUGCGUGACUCCAAAGAACAUAAAUGGGGGUAAAAUCUAUCACAACCUCACCAAGUGAUGCGUUAUGUGUUAGAACAGCUAAAUCCAAUCAUAAUAUAUUAUAUAUGGUGUUACUAUGGGGCUCCUAAUGUAAAAGAAACCACAGAUGAAUAUAUCUAUGGAUCUGUUACCCCAGCACACAGGGCAAUGUGCAGUGCAAUCAGGCCUUCAAGUGACAAUGUUUUUCUGAUAAAACUGUGAUUUGAAUAGCUAAAGAUUGAACCAAACCUCUAAAAUACACAAUACGGGGUUUCAGCUAUGUCCCAAAUAAUCUUGUACUUUUGCACAAGUUAAACUGUCACUUUAUUUUGGCUCAUACCCACCUCACCUCUUUGGACUUUGUAGAUUAAAACGAGGAAGCAGCAGUACAGUUCCAGCAUUGGGUGAGCACCAUGAGGCCGGUGUGGAUUAACACGCUCAGUGAAGGAAGUGAUUAUACCAAAAAAGAAUGUGUCAUUUUCAGCAAAGCAAAUGUCUAGUUAGAGAUGAUACGUCAUAGGUUAGUUUCAACUCAGGAGGCCUGUGGAUAUUUGUUUUGUAGUAAAUAGUGUAUUAUCAGUAACAUCAGGAGUUUCCACCUAGUUACAUGCAAACGACAACAUUUUAUGUCUGUUAUGUCUGUACACUUUGUUUUCAGGGAUAUUUCUAGUCAAAGAAAUGUCUUUAGCUUGAUUACAGUGCUCCUUGUUUGCACCAAGAACAGAAUCUUCCUCCUGUUAAAAAUGUCUGCUGAAAUUAUUAUUGCUCACUUGUCUGGGUACAAACUUUGUUUUCACCUGAGGAUCUGUUGAAGAAUAAACUAAACUGGGUCAAAUGCCAAAA